AUUUGUGUGGAAGGAAAUAUUGGUAGUGGAAAAACAACAUUACUGGAAUAUUUCUCAAAGUUACCAAAUAUUGAGGUAACAAAAGAACCUGUUGAUAAAUGGAGAAAUAUAAAAGGUUUAAAUGCUCUGGAAUUAAUGUAUGAAGAUCCAAGUAGAUGGGGUUUAACAUUUCAAACUUAUGUACAGUUGACAAUGUUAGAGAUCCACACUCAACCACAGGAGAAAAGAAUAAAAAUGAUGGAAAGAUCUAUUUAUAGUGCUAAAUAUUGUUUUGUUGAAAAUCUCUAUAAAGGUGGUAAAAUGCCUGAAAUUGAAUACAUUGUUUUGACUGAAUGGUUUGAUUUCUUAGUUAGAACACGAGAUCUGAAUGUUGAUAUAAUAGUGUAUUUACAAACGAAACCAGAAACUGUUUAUGAAAGAAUAAAAGAAAGAUGUAGAUCAGAAGAAUCCAGUAUACCCUUAGAAUAUUUACAAAUGCUUCAUAAUUUACACGAAGAGUGGCUGAUAAACAAAUUAUUCCCUUGCCCACAAGUAGUGGUAAGUUAUUACAUUAUCUUUAUAUAUAACAACUCACAGCUAGAAUUUCUAGAUAACAAAACAUUAUGGAUAUUAGUUAAAUUUGAAUAG